UCUGUAUCAUGGCAGCUGCCUCCAGCACUCCAACUCCUAUCUUCCAGAGGGACACUUACACGUGAUCUGGUACCUUGCAGCUCGACCUCGCGCUCUGAGGUCCCACGGGUCGCCGCCUCGCUUGCGUCGUCCGUGGUGUGAUGACCCUCACUCCACACCAUGCCGCCCGACGCUUCUUCCUCUCACAUAUCUAACUCUGCGCGCCUCCUUUCCCCCCGCCUCAGGCCUCCUCAAUCUCCGCUGAUGCCCAAUGCGUCUCUCGUAAAAGACCUUGCCAUUCUGCGUGCAAUUGCAUCACCAUGGCCUCCGUCCGGCCCUCAUUGCGGCUUCUGAAGCCGCCCUUCUUUCGUUCGAACUAUGGACCGAGAGGCCUUCUCCGCGUGGAUUUCUUCACCCCCCAAUCCGCCGGCCGGACCGUGAGACAGAUGUCUGACGGCCUCCCCAAAGGCCCUAAGCUGGGCAAUGCUGGCAAAAGACCCGUCUUCGGCGCAAAAGCUCGCCUCGCUGUCGGCAUUCCCUUUGUCGGGCUGCUGGUCUACUCAAUGGCCACUGGCGAACCACCUGCUAAGGCCGAUACCCUGACCAUCGCCGAGAAGGAUACACUUGCGAAGCGGGAAUCCGGCGUCACUGAGCAGUCGCCAAUGCGCCUGCGUAUGGAAGCUUUCAUAAAACAAUACCAGAAAGAAAUAGUCGCCGCCCUGGAAAAGGUCGACGGCAAACCCUUCCUCGUCGACAGCUGGGACCGACCUGAAGGCGGCGGAGGCAUCACAUGCGUGCUGCAAGACGGCAACGUCUUUGAGAAAGCAGGCGUCCUCACCUCCGUGGUGUACGGCAGCCUGCCGCGCGCCGCAAUCGCAAAGAUGCGCGUGAACCACAAGGCGUUGGACCCGGACGUAGACUCACUAGAAUUCUUCGUCGCAGGCUUGAGCAUGGUUCUCCACCCCUCAAACCCAAUGGCUCCAACCGUUCACCUCAACUACCGCUACUUCGAGACCGCCGACGAAGCUGGUAAUACAUCUGCGUGGUGGUACGGCGGUGGCUGCGAUCUGACGCCCUGCUACCUCUUCGACGAGGACGCGAUACACUUCCACAACACGAUCAAGUCGGCUUGCGACAAGCACGACAAGGCGUACUACCCACGCUUUAAGAAGUGGUGCGACGAGUACUUCAGCAACACCCAUAGAGGCGAGACACGCGGUGUCGGUGGCAUCUUCUUCGAUGACCUGGACGAGACGGAGAAGGAUCAGGAGCAGCUCUUCGCUUUCGUGCAAGACUGUCUCGGUGCUUUUCUGCCGUCGUACCUCCCGAUUGUGAAUCGCCGCAAGGACAUGCCCUUCACCGAGCACGAGAAGCAGUGGCAGCAGCUUCGCCGCGGGAGAUACGUCGAGUUCAAUCUCGUGCACGACCGCGGCACGGCGUUUGGGCUUAACGCCCCUGGCGCGCGUGUGGAGAGCAUUCUGAUGAGUUUGCCGCUCACUGCUAGAUGGCAGUAUAUGCAUUCGCCUGUGAAAGGCACACGGGAGGAGAAAUUGCUAGAUGUUUUGAAAAGUCCCAAAGAAUGGGUUUGAGCAUUUAUCUUGGGUAAAUCGAAAAAAAGAGGUGCUUGUAUAUUGCGCUGUAAAUCAUGAUACCUUUGUACAAAUAUCUAGCAUCAAAAAUAGGCGUAGAAUGCAAUAUCAUAGAUCUAUAUACCCUGUUUCCCCACUG